CGCUGGGCGGGGCCGGGUAGUAGCGCGCCGCUGGUCGGAGCGAGCACACGUGUCGCUGCUUUAUUGUUGGCCUCUGUCGCGCCGUACACAUGUUGAGUGAUAUUUCGGCAUGUCGAUGUCGUCGUGAACUGUAAUAAAAAUGGACUUUCAAAGUGCUAUGGAGACGUUCGCCGAGGCGUGGGCUGCUGCAAACUCAGUCAAGUCGGAGUCGGCGAGCGAUCUGACACAGCCCCUGGUAUCCGAAGUUCAUCGCAGUAAGACUCCCACAAGAGGAUCAUCAGAGGAUCGCUCUGUCCACCGACCUCCAUCCGCCCCAGUGCACCAUGAGAGGGCACCACAUACGCCCCAUCUUUCACCCAAGAAAGAAGCCAUCCACAAUAUGCUCAACAAAGGCAUUUCUAGUAAAACCCUUCCCGUUCACUGCGUGAUAGAAGCGGUGUCGUCGUUAGAAGAUGGCGCUUAUCGACGCCGGUCAGUCGUAGAGAAAGACAGCUACGUCAUCAUCCCAGCCGCCACGCCCUUUCAAGAAUUGGUCCCAUUAGCCAUGAUAAGGCUGGGAUUUCCUCUUGAGCUAACGACUUUGGCCAAAGGUUCAGUGGUCAUCAAUAAUUGGAAACCGUUACCCUUCGACCGGAUCUGUGACAGACCUCUAGCAACGGUCGGAGAAGUCUUAGGUGAACUCACUACCGUAGCGACUCUUCGUAUACAACUCUUAAGACCCAGACCAACCCCACUUCAGGACAUAAAGGAAAAGCUAUUACGACUUCUUCUGGUCCAGAGCCGACCACUCCUGAUGACUACUGGAUGCCCACUGGAUGAGGCAACUUUAGCUCAAAUAUGCAGAGGACAAGAAAGGAUUCCGGGGCCCCCGAGUUGCCAUGAGCCAUCUGAAGAGAUGUGUCGAAAAUUUGAUUCUUGGUGGACUGCACAAGUAACGCCACGUCCGCCAACGUUUAGCCCUCGUCGAUAUCCAUCUCCAGGACCUAAAAAUCGUUCACCAACCCUCAAUUCCAUACCUGAUCACUUACACCCAGCUCUUCAGACUGUCCAAAGCCAGUAUCCGACUCAAAAGACAAGAAUGCGAACAAGCUUUGACCCUGAACUAGAACUACCAAAAUUGCAGCGGUGGUUUUCUGAGAAUCAACACCCAAGUCGGCAACAAAUACAGCAAUAUGUUCAAGAACUGAACAAUCUUGAAUCAAGGAGAGAUCGAAAGCCCUUAGAUGUCAACAAUGUAGUUUAUUGGUUUAAAAACGCUCGCGCAGCUCAAAAGCGCGCUGAACUUCGCAACAUAGGCGGGCUCCAUUUAGGAGUAAAUGGUUUCAAUAGUAGGAGUCACAGUCCUACAAAUGGAUCUCUAAUGGCAGCCAGUGAUAGUUAUGCAUCCCAAGAUCAUAACUCCUUAAAAAGCCCUUUACAGAUAUCAGGAAGUCCUGGUAGAUAUCCUAUGUCAGUUUUGUCGGAAGAUAAUCUAUCUAAUGGUGGAUCUGAUCUAGAGGAUGAUGGUGGUGAACUGAACCCAGACGAUAGGCCAGAUAGUCCUGAUGCACCGCUUUCCUUAAUAACUACUAAGAAAAAUAAUAACGAUGAAGAAGUGACUGCUCAAGAAUCACCAAAGCCCCCAGAUAUAAUAAAGGUGCACGAUAUCAAACAAGAGCCCAGAGAUCUCAGCAAACCUGAGCAAACUAAUUCUCCACAUCGUUCGCCGGAAAAGAAUAGUGACAGUUCUUACAACAAUAACAAUAAUAACAACGAUGAAGAAAACGGAGUUGCAGAUGAACAUGAUGUUUCUGAUGAUGAAAUUCAGGAAAGAUAUCGCCAUAUCUCUCCUCACCUAGACCGUCUACCUUUUUCGAUGAUGCCAAAUCACUCCAUGUUCGGAGCAGGAAUUAUGUACAUGAAUCAGUACAUGACUGGAUUCCAUGGCGUGGGAACAGUUCCCGGAGAAGGUGCUAGUGGACUUAAUUUAGCUCUUGCUGGAGCCUCAGACGAGCGUCGAAAACGUAACCGCACGUUUAUAGAUCCAGUGUCAGAAGUUCCCGUUCUUGAACAAUGGUUCAACAUGAAUACACACCCCUCACACAACUUGAUAUUGAAGUACACCGAAGAACUAAACAGGAUGCCUUACAGGCAGAAAUUUCCCAGGCUUGAGUCUAAAAAUGUACAGUUUUGGUUCAAAAAUCGACGAGCAAAAUGCAAGAGACUGAAAAUGUCUCUAUAUGAACCAUCAUCGCCAUCGCACUAUUCCCAUCCUGGACAUCCCCACGCCAUGGCUGAGCGAAAACUGGUUUGAACUAGUUCAGAGAAACUUUGGUACCUAGCAGUACUGAAUAAAGGUGAUGUUAUUAAUAAAUAAUACUGGUAUUAAACGCGCAAGUUACGUACCUUUAUUUCAUGUUUCGAAGAGCAGAUAUAAAAUAAAGUUGCGUUAAGAGUACGUUUAAUACCCAUAUUAUGUAUAAAUCGUAUAAUGCAACGCAAAAGUUUAAAAUUAAUCGUGAUAAUUUUCAUAAAUCACCUAUUGUGUCAGCAUGUUUAUCACGAAAGACUGAUUUCGAAUCAUAAUGGUGUAUAGUGCCAUGUUAGUAUUAAUAUGACAGCGUCGUCGUUUUUAGUUAACAGUUCGUAUUAUCCAGGACUUAGAUUUACUCUUUUGAGAGUCUCUCCAGAGUGACAGAUAUUAGAUUAGGAAAAAGUUUACAUAUGUAUUCUACUUUAUAGCAACGAUCACGUCGUUUUAUCGUAAAUAUUUGUAAUCGUUACAAAUUAAUAACGAAUGAAUCUCAAAUCUAUUGCGUAUAUUUAAAUGAACGUCAAAAUCAAUUUUAUUUAUUUACUAUCUGUAAAAUCUGUUAUUAAACAAUAUCUUUACAACUCUUAUAUAUACUCAUAAUAAGUACAGUUCCACUGAAAUGUAGAUUGAUGUUUAGAUUGAUGUUAUAAUGUACAUUAUAGGUUAUAAUGAGUCAUAGUUAUAUUGCUGAUAUAAAUGCACAUGUGCACUAGAAAAUGUAAGUUUAGAAUGAAGCGGCCUAAAUUAUUUUAGCUCGUCGAAGUAGAUUACGCACAUUCCUUUUUAAUUUAGCAAAUACUUCCUCAAUCCAAAGAUUGAUAAGAAAAAAAGAUAUUAUAACAAUUGUAAGAUAUAUAAACAAACUGAUCCCGAUUAAUUAAUACCCGGUGUGUUACUGUACAAGAGUUAUGAAUCUGUUAGUCACUCUUCUAAUUUCUAAACAAUCUUAAAUAAAUAGUUAAUGCAGUUAGAAAGAAAGUUUAGGAGACCUUUACUAUUAUUAUUUAUUCAUUCAUUUUCAUUGAGUUUAUAUUUUAUUCUUGUUAUUUUUAUAAAUGUACAGUAACACAUCGCCAAGCGAAUAAAAUGUUCAGUAUUCAAGCAUUUAUUAUUGAGGCUGUAUGUAACACCAUCACAAAAGAUUGUUUUAUAGUUUUUAAACACAAACCUAGUUGUAUGUUUUGAUUGUUUUCGUUGUAUGUUAUGCUUGUUUUGUGAAGCUGUGAUGAUUUUUCCAAAUAUUGUAAAUAUUUAAUAAUUGUUAAUAAGGUUUAUGUGUAACGUCACUAGGCUCACGAAAAACGGCAUUUACUGUUUAGGUAAUAUAUAUUGGCUAAAUGUUUAUUCGAUUCAAA